AUGUUUCACCCUAUCUUAACUGGGAUUAAAGCUACUACUGAAAUACGAAGGUGUAAAGACUGGCAGAAAGGCAAACAUAAAGGUGCUGAGGUUUCUGCAAGGAUUAGAAACAUAGAGGCAGAUAAACAUUUAAUUAUGGUAAGAACCAAUAAAGCAUCUGAAACUUUGUCUGACUUUGCAAAUGUUGAAUACAAUGUCAGGAAGAAAAGAAAACAGAAUCACCAGUCAGGCAGAUAUACUUCGCCAACGUCACCGAGCCCAACAUUAAGAAAUUCGCUGGCAGAACUCUCAAGGCUCACUGAUAAUCCGUUCCUUGAAGAGGAGAGUGAAACGGAUGGCGUUAUAGCAAUUGAUCAUCGCAAAAAGAAGGAGGUUUACUUAUCGAGUCACACGAUUAAAGAAAUGUCAGCUUUUGUUGAUGAAAUGGAAACGCUUCUACGAAUACAAGAGAUCUUUUACGAAUCAUUUAAUAUUUUAUAUGCUAAACUCUGUACUCCAAGUCAGCCAUCAAACAAAGUGACACUCAAAAAGGACACCGAAGUUUAG